GAUAUCACUUCAAGGGAUACGGACUAUAUGUUCAAGGCCAAAACAGAAGUUGAUGAUUUUGAGCAAAGAAAGGUAUCAAACUUGAUUGAGCCCCAUGGAAGUAGUAAAAGAAAACAUUAUGGUAGAUCACGAGAACUCCCUCAAAACAACUGUAUGAUGACAGUGGAAGUUAGUGAAAACAGUAAAAAGACGAAGACAGUCAGUAAACCACAGAUAACAAGUUCAGAAUUCCGUCUAGACUUCCUGAAUAUUCCUACACUAUUAAAUGGGAAGAAGCAUUUCAAUCAGUAUUUGAUGCAGACAACAGAUGAAGAUUCAGAAACCUACAAAUCAAAGCGUACCACAUUUAAAACAAACUUACUAAAAUUUAAUAUUAAUUUAAAAGAAAAAUUAAAUAACCAGCUCUUCGAUGAAACUGUGAUGAAAGCUGAAUUAAAAAAUGCUUUAUUUCAGUGGGCAACUGAAUGUGGAGUUGAGAUUUCAAAAGUACCCUCAAGAAAAAUCAAAUAUAUUUUUCAUUGUUCAAAUACAUUAGACAUCAAAGUUCAAUUGCAAGCAAUUGUUUCCAUUGGGAUUUUUGAAACAAAACUUGAAAGUGAGGAAAUUGAAAAUCUACGUGGUUAUCUUUUACACAGAAAUGCAGAAAUUGUACUAUCCACCUGUCUAUGUCUUACUAUAAUGGAUUAUUCAGAUAAAAAAUGUAUUGAAAAAUUAUGUGAAUUACUGGUUUUAAAUCAAAGCCCAUCAAAAAUGAAUGAAGAGAACACUAGAAUUUCAUUCACCUUGUCAUAUACAUCUGUGAACCUAUUGAAAUGGGCAUCUUCAAUUUGUUUGGCCAAAUUAAACCAGUGUAAUUUAGAAAUACUCAACAAUUUAACUAACCCAUUGUUUGAUCAACUGAUUCAAUUUAUUCCUCAACAAUAUCCCAAUAAACAUUUCAAUAAAGAAUUAAAUGAAUCCAGCGGUUCAGUGGGAAGCCUAUCACACAUAAUAGACAGAAGGACGAAAUCAUUUGUAUCAAAUCUUUCCAACCUUAUAGCAUUUGACUUAAAGAAAGCAAAUAACUUUUUAACCAGAAUUGUUUGUCAUUCUGAAAUCAAAAUGGUUUUACGUUUAAGCAGAGAUCAUCCUCAAGUUGAAUAUUACUUGACUGAGUUGUUAACUUCUCCAAAUUGGAGAAUAAGACUAUGCUCAUGCUGGCUGCUGUCUAUUUUGCUAUGCAAUUUAUGUAAAAAUACACUCACAAGAAUAAAUCGCCUUUUACUGCUGGAUUGGAGCAGUAUGUUACGAAUAGCCGCUCUUCACUCGCUUCAUGCUGAAAUCAAAACCAUGAAUCCAUCUUUGUUAUGGGCCAACCAGCUGUUCAAUGAUCCGUUCUUGUUGAAUAAUGUCAGCAACAAGACUGUAGGAGAACGAAUACAUGUAUCAUCUCUAACCUCUAAGUCGAUUCCUCAACGUCGUGCGGAUAGAUUAUAUCAGUUGUGCAGCGAAGGUCUUCCACGUGACAAGUUGAUCGAACUACUUCAUAAUGCCCUGAUGGAUGAAUUCAGCUGCGUACGUGAAAUGGCUUGUAUUAUCAUUAAAGAAUUGCAAGCAGCUGAAGAACCAGUUAUUCUGAAUGAACUACUCAAAAUUUUAGAAAGCGAUGUGAAUGACAAAGUGAAAUUAACUGCUUUACAAGCCUUGAAAACAAUACCCACCUAUACAGAAAACAUUACCACUGCAGAAUGUAUUCAAAAUCAGUUAUGCCAUAUCGUUCAAUUUGAAAUGAAUACGCAUAUUCGACAGGAAUUAUUUCGACUCUUAUUAUGGUUUGUAAAAACACGUUUUAUCACAUGUGAUACAACUAAUCAUUUAAACUAUAAAGAAAUUGACUUGUUAGCAAAAAGAUCAAUUCUCGAAGAAUAUAACUCAUUAAAACAAAAGUCGAUAGAUUUCAACAGUUUAUUUGAUAUACAAAAUGAAGUGAUUAAACAUAUUUUAAAGUAUGAUGAUGAAGGUUUUUGUGUCAGUCAAAAGUAUUCAGAUGUUAUACGUGAAAUAUUUAUUCCAAAUUAUAAUAAAUCUACUAAUUAUGGAAAGAAUCAAUUUAUUCCACAAAAAUUACAUUGUAAUCUCUACUAUUUGUAUAAUUCACUGAAAAAAUGUGCAAAAUACGAUGAUUGUGAAGAAAUUCGAAGUGAAUUAUCUCAAAUGAUAGAACCAAUAUUUACACAAAUAUUAAAACAGGAAAAUGAAAAUGCGCCUGAAAAUUGUUUUUACUCUUACUAUGAUGAUACUGAUCUGUUACGUGCAUUAAUGGAUGAAAAAUGUAAGGAUUUAGUGAAAAUAUGCUUUGAUAUUAUUCAGUAUUCUUAGCAGAAUUUUUUAUGUUGAUUUGAUUGUUGGGUACCAAUUUUCAAUGUUCGUCCAAUGUGUAUCAUUUUACUACGUCUGAAUAAAUAAAUAUUAAAUUGAUG